CAGAAUCUCAAAAGUGUACGCACUAAUCAUCAUUCAAGACUUUUUUUUCAGAUCAAGUUUUCAAAAUCAUUUCCGAGGAGAUGACGACUUGGUACUUUUAGCACCACAAUGGGUUAAUAAUGCGCGAAAAGGGUAAAUCUGGACAUCUCCUCUGGGAGCAAAGACAAUUUUCCCCAAGAGAUUCCGCUGUCGUCUCGCACGCCAUUACGAUCGGUAACUAUGGACGAUUGCAAUCAUGAUUUAGCUGAAAACGCGGCUGCCAUGGCUAAAGACCACUUUAAUUUGCUUGAUUCGAGCACUGUGAAUGAUAAUUGUGAUCAAAAAGGGAAAGAAAUCGAAGACGAAGCAUCUAUAGCUGAGGAUUGCGAAGACGAAGAUGUGGAGAAAGUUCGACACCCAACAACGGCACAGACAAACCAGGAUCGCAAACGCAUGGUAAACAAUUCGAACAAAAAAAAGCCUGUUAGGAAACGCCGGGUUACAGCUAAUAUAGCUGCAACAAAAUACGAAGUUGUUCGUAAAGUUUGUCUUCAGAGUGGAAUGUAUAUCACAAGAGAUGACGAUUUCAAUAGUUUCCUCAUAUGGAGUGACUCAGCUGUUCCAGUGGAAAGGAUCAUAGAAUUAAAAUCCUUUCAGGUAAUUUAAAGUGCCUGUGAAGUAAAAAAAAAAAAUCCUGCUUAUUUAAAAGGCUUUUCAAAGUAAAGAAGA